AUGGCGACAGAGAUCUCAUUGGAUCUGAUAAACCAACUUAAGGUCUCGCUUCGAAAGGAGGCCAAGCUCUCCUCCUUCGAUCCCGUCGGCGAUUACUCGGACUCCUCUAUCCCCAGCCUUCCCACAGCUCCGGAGGCAAUCGCCGAACUCGAUGCUUCGGCCCCAUACCUCCGUUGCCGGAACUGCCAAGGAAAGCUUCUACGCGGAAUCGAGUCUCUGAUCUGCAUUUUCUGCGGCAAGCAGCAGCGGACGAGCGAUAACCCUCCUGAUCCCAUCAAGUUCACCUCCACUUCUGGUUACAAAUGGUUUCUCAGCUCUCUUAAUCUCGACGGAUCGGAGAUGGUAGAGCCACUGAAGGAGACGAAUGGAUCAAGCAGAGGAGCAAAGGCAUCCGUAGUAAAAGGAGUUGCUGUGUCUAAGUUUCUUGAUUUGGAAGUACGAUGGUCUGCAAUAGAGGAAAAGUCUGGGCCUGACGAUGGACAAUCAGUGCAGAAUAAAAACCACCUGAAUCUAGGAGGGAUUCAUCUUGACGAUUAUCUCGAUGAACGAAGAGGAGAUCUUUCCAAAGUGGAUCCUGCAGAGAGCAAACCCGAACCCGUGGAGGAUGACUUUAAGGAUCCACGUAGUCUUAGCCUAUUUGAUAGUGCAAAGAGUCAGGGAGUUGUUGAAUCAGAGCAGAAUGAAAAUGCUGGUUUGUUUAAGGUAAAAGAUGCGCAGAAGAAUGUUUCGUCUGGAGAACAUGAGAAUCUUAGUUUGUUUGCGGGACGAGAUGCCCAGGAUAAUGUUUCUUUAGCAGAGCAGGGAAACUUUGGGUUCUUUGAGGAAAAAGAUGCUCGGCAGACUUUCAAAGAGGAUGAGAACCUUAGUCUGUUUGAGGGAAAAGAUGCUGAGAGAAGUAGUUCUUCUAACAAAGAUGAGAGUUUUGGAUUUUUCGAGGCUCAGAGAGAUAGUGCUUCUAAAGAGGAUGGUAAAGAUGUCCAGAGGAACAGUUCUUCUUUAGAGGAUGGAAACUUUGGGUUUUUUGAGGGCGCACCAUCAUCAAAUGCUGGCCUUAAGUCUUUCCAUGACAAGGCUGUUGCAUCUUCUUCUGAUUGGGAUUCUGACUUUCAGUCUGUUCCCCAGGAAAAGAUUAGUGGCGAUCCCUUUCUAAGUUCUCCGGUUGAUUUGGCUGCUCAUAUGGAUUCUUUCUUUGGUUCCGGCAAAGAUUUAUCAACAGAUUCUUCAACUGCUUACGUUUCCAAAGCUGGUGAUUGGUUGCAAGAUGAUUUUUUUGGCACGACUCAAAACAAUGACCCAGCUGUUCAUGAUAAUAAGAAUGAGGGACAAGGUGUGGGCGGCAAUGGAAGUUCAUCCAUGGAUAUUGAUUGGAUGGGAGAUGAUCUGUGGCAAACCAAUGCAAAGAAAGCCACUGAGAAGAAACCUACGGAUGAUAAUGAUGAUGACGAUGACUGGAAUGAUUUCGAAAGCUCGGCUAACUCCAAGGCUCCUAAUAAUCCGCUUUCUCAAAACAUUGGAAGUUCCCAAGAAGAUAUAUUCUAUGGGAUGGCACAUGUUAAGAACGAUGUUAAAGAGCAGAGCGAAGACAAGAAGCAGAAGACUGGUACAACAAGCUUGAUAUCUGACAUAGCCAAAGGUCAAGAAGAUGAUCUCUUUGGAACUUGGGAUAGUUUCCCAUCCUCAACCCUUUUGCAAACACCUGUGCAGCCUCUCAACAACCAUGUGGAUUCAUCUGCUGCACAGAAUCCGGAAAUGAACUUGUUUGGGGCAAAUAACAGUCACCGAGACCUUGAUUCUGAUUUCUUUUUGGAAAAUAUUGGAGGCCAAACCAACUCAGAGGAAGUGAAAGCCAUGCCUUCUGGAACCUCAACCUUAGAGAGAGCGAUUGAAGCUGGAGGUAAAGAUCAAACACUUGAUCUUGCAGGCACAACAACAAAAUAUCCCAAGUCAAAAAGUGAUGUCGCAGAGGAGCUGAUGUCACGGAUGCAUGAUCUUUCAUUUAUGCUCGAGCCCGAACUCUCUGUGCCUCCUAUCUCCAAGACAGAGUAG